UUUCUCUCUCUUACUUUCAAAGUCGUCUUAUUUACGAUUCUUCUUCUUCGUUGUAGUUUCCCAGAUAAUUGCCAUCAAUUAUUAUAAUUUCCCCUAAGUUUAGGGUAAAAUCGUCACAGGUUGAUUCGUGUAAGGAUCUCAUCACUAAAUCAGAUAAACAACUCUUAUGAUUUUGAUUGCUUCUAGUGAGAAUUAGAAAGGAAAGCUCUUGUUCUUUUUUCACUCUUUGUGCGCGGUCAAGUUAUAUAAUGAUGGAGGUCAAGUUAUGGAACGACAAGAGAGAAAGAGAGAUGUACGAGAACUUCGCAGAGCUUUUUGCAAUCAUCAAAGCAACAGAGAAGCUCGAGAAAGCUUACAUCAGAGACCUAAUCUCUCCUUCCGAGUACGAAUCCGAAUGCAACAAACUCAUUCUCCACUUCAAGACUCUCUCCGCUACCCUCAGAGACACGGUCCCAAGCAUCCAGAGAUUCGCAGACACUUACAAAAUGGACUGUCCAUCCGCUCUAUACCGCCUCGUUACAUCAGGCGUUCCCGCCACGGUCGAACACCGAGCCACCGUGGCCGCAUCCACCUCCAACUCUGCUUCCAUUGUUGCUGAAUGUGUGCAGAACUUCAUCACGUCGAUGGAUUCUUUGAAACUAAACAUGGUUGCUGUCGAUCAGGUUUAUCCUCUCUUGUCUGAUCUGUCUGCUUCUCUCAACAAACUGAGUAUUCUACCGCCGGAUUUCGAAGGGAAGACAAAGAUGAAAGAAUGGCUUUCGAGGUUGUCUAAGAUGGGAGCAGCUGAUGAGCUCACGGAACAGCAGUCAAGGCAACUUCACUUUGAUCUUGAGUCUUCAUACAACUCUUUCAUGGCAGCUUUGCCUAAAGGUGGUAAUUGAAAAACCAAUGUACGUUUGGUUUCUUGUUUUUGGUGUGUAAAGUAUCGAAUGUUCUUGCACACUUAUAGUCGACCAAAAGCUUUGUAGCUCAAAUAGUUUCAAACUACUAAAGUUACUCGUGAUAUCUAUAAAGUGAUCCGUUGUUACAAUUAUUAAUAAAUCAGUAACAAUAUGCUCA